AUGGGACAAAAAAUAAACCCACUUGGUUUCAGGCUUGGUACAACCCAAAGUCAUCAUUCGGUUUGGUUUACACAACCAAAAGAUUAUUCUGAAGGUCUACAAGAAGAUCAAAAAAUAAGAAAUUUUAUUAAAAAUUAUAUCCAAAAGAAUAUGAAAAUAUCUUCCGGCGCCGAGGGAAUUGCCCAUAUAGAGAUUCAAAAAAGAAUCGAUUUGAUCCAAGUGAUAAUCUAUAUGGGAUUCCCAAAAGUAUUGAUUGAAAAUCGACCUCUAGGAAUCGAAGAAUUACAGAUAAAUUUACAAAAAAAAUUUCACUACGUGAACCGAAAACUUAAUAUUGCUAUCACAAGAAUUGAAAAACCUUACGGAAACCCUAAUAUUCUUGCAGAAUUUAUAGCCGGGCAAUUAAAGAAUAGAGUUUCAUUUCGAAAAGCAAUGAAAAAAGCCGUUGAAUUAACUGAACAAGCAGACACAAAAGGAAUUCAAGUGCAAAUUGCAGGGCGUAUCGACGGAAAAGAAAUCGCACGUGUUGAAUGGAUCAGAGAGGGUAGGGUUCCGCUACAAACAAUUCGAGCUAAAAUUAAUUAUUGUUCCUAUAGAGUUCGGACUAUUUAUGGGAUAUUAGGCAUCAAAAUUUGGAUUUUUAUAGACAAGGAAGAAGACUAA